GUUGGCACCAUGGUAGACUCCCAGUAUGUCUUGCCCAAUGAUAUUGGCAUUGCAAACUUGGACUGUGCCGAAGCUUUCCAGCUGCUGUCGCCGGAAGAGCGGCUCUACGCCCACUACCUCUCGCGGGCCUGCUGGUACGGAGGCCUAGUGGUGUUGCUGCAGACCUCCCCGGAGGCACCCGCAAUCUACGCCCUUAUCUCUCGGCUCUUCCGGGUCCAGGACCCUGCUCAAUUAGGAGAGUUGGCACACUCCCUUGGUCUCUCCGAUGAGGAGUAUCAGGCAUUCUUGGUUUAUGCUGCUGGCAUAUACGCCAAUAUGGGUAACUACAAAUCCUUUGGGGACACCAAAUUUGUGCCUAACCUUCCCAAGGAGAAGCUGAAAAAGUUGGUGUGGGAGAGCCAGGCCUUCAAGGAGCAUCCGGAAGAAAUGGAAGCACUAUGGGGCAGAUGUGGAGAUCUCAUGUUCUCCCUAGAACCGACACAAAAGCACUUGGGACUCUGUGGUCAGGGUAUCUCCACAUACUUCUCGGCAAACUGCUCCAUGGCAGAUGCAAAGCUGGCCCAGGAAUUUCUCGACUCGCAGAACAUCAGCGCUUACAACACAAGGCUUUUCAGAACGAAGACACACAGCAAAUUAUGCUAUGAGGUUCGGCUGGCCUCGGUACUUUCCAGUGAUUCCAAGCUUGAUGGUGAAAUGAAUGCGAAAAUGAAGUGCUUUGAGUUUGGAGGCUGUGAUUUCACGGUGACACGAGGCGAUUACGCCCCCCUUCUGCAAAAAGUUGUGGAGAACUUGCAGAAGGCCGUGCCACACGCAGCCAACCCCAUGCAGGCCGAGAUGCUGACCCACUACAUCAGCAGUUUCACCCGGGGCUCCAUUGCAGCUCACAAGGAGGGCUCCCGCUGCUGGAUCCGGGACAAGGGGCCCAUUGUGGAGAGCUACAUCGGCUUCAUUGAAAGCUACCGAGAUCCAUAUGGCUCAAGAGGGGAGUUUGAAGGAUUUGUGGCUGUUGUGAACAAAGCCAUGAGCGCAAAGUUCGCUCGGCUGGUGGCAGCUGCAGAGGAUCUGCUGGAGAAGCUGCCUUGGCCCCGUGCUUUCGAGAAAGACGCUUUCCUGAAGCCUGACUUCACUUCACUGGAUGUGUUGACCUUCGCUGGAAGCGGGAUCCCUGCUGGCAUAAACAUCCCAAACUAUGAUGAUAUCCGCCAGACAGAUGGGUUCAAGAACGUCUCGCUGGGCAAUGUCCUGGCCGUGGCUUAUUCGACGCAGAAGGAAAAGCUGACUUUCCUUGCAGAGGAGGACAAGGAUCUCUACAUCAAGUGGAAGGGACCCUCCUUCGAGGUGCAGGUCGGACUGCACGAACUCCUGGGCCAUGGCAGCGGGAAGCUUUUUGUCCAGGACGACUCGGGUGCGUUCAAUUUCGACCGGGAUGCAGUAAUCAACCCAGAAACUGGGGAACUGGUUCGGACUUGGUACCGGGGUGGUGAGACUUGGGACAGCAAGUUUUCAAGCGUGGCGUCGACUUACGAGGAGUGUCGGGCAGAGUGUGUGGGGCUGUACCUUUGCCUGAACAAGGAGGUAUUGAGGAUCUUUGACCUUGAAGGAGAAGACGCUGAGGACGUGAUCUAUAUUAACUGGCUGAACAUGGUGCGCGCUGGACUGUUGGCACUGGAGUUCUACACGCCAGAAUCUGGAACGUGGCGCCAGGCUCACAUGCAAGCUCGCUUUGUCAUCCUGAGGGUUCUCCUGGAGGCCGGUGGAGGGCUGGUGUCGCUCCAGCGCAUCACAGGGGCAGACGGCAAGCCUGAUGCGAUUGUCUCCCUGGAUCGCAGCAAGAUCACCACGGUGGGGAAGCCUGCCCUUGAGAGAUUUCUCUGCAAACUGCAGGUGCUGAAGUCCACGGCAGAUGUGGCAGGGGGGCGUGCGCUCUACGAGGCAUACUCUGCCGUGACAGAUGAAGAGCCGGAACGCUUCCUCACCCUGCGCCACACCGUGCUACUGCGCAAAGAAGCCCGUAAGCUGUUCGUACAAGCAAACACCCGCUUGGAAGGCGAGGAUGUGGUACUGGUGCAAUACGACAGCGAUGCAGCAGGAUUGAUCAAAUCCUUCCGUGACCGCUUUCCUGAAGAUGCUGAAUUCCUGGAACAGCAGCUUUUGAAGCUGGCACAGGCCGAUGCCCACUUCUGGGCAAGCUGAGGCCCUGAGCAGCGCAGGCCCUGGCCCUCCUACCCUCUGUGGACUCCCCCUUGGCCUGCCGCCCAGGCAUGCCAAGAGUUCCUCGACCCUC